UGGACUCAGUGUGCUAUUUUAAAAUUUCUGACUCAUUAUAACACUGAUUCAUUGACUGUCAGAAUUAUAAAAUAGCGCACCAUAUAGAUGGACUAGGUAAGCUGUAUGUCAGUUUUCACUAUUUCAGUGAACUUGAAUUGUGUGAAUGAUUACUGCAGUACCAUACCGCACGUUUGUUCAAGUUGAACAAGUGCGGUACCGGUUAGCCAAGAAAUCAGCUGUGAACUUUUAACAUUGGGUAGACAUUACUGGUGGUGUUUUAAAUGGAGCUUAUACCUCUUCAUAAACACCAGAACUACCUGGAUGCCUGUGCUGAAGUUCUGAAUGAAGAAUGGCCAAGAAGCAAAAAUGCUAGGCUUCACAGCUUGGAGAAGUCAUGUGAUCACCUACCUACCUGUCUGAUACUUUUAGAUGACAACAAGAAGGUGAUUGGGCACAGUCGCCUCAGCCAGAUGAGAGGUCGUGAAGGGGCAUGUUUGGUGGAGUCAGUUGUUGUGCGGAAAACUGUUCGUGGUCAAGGUCAUGGAAGAAGCAUCAUGGAGAAGACAGAGGAAUACGCCAAAAGGAAAGGUUUCCAAACAAUGUACCUGACAACACAUGAUAAACAGGGAUUUUACCAGAGACUGGGAUAUGAAUUCUGUGAACCGGUGGUCAGCUUUGGAGGUGACUUUGCCAACUUGCCAGAGAGCUUUUCAAAGGCAUUGGCUGGUUUAUCAGGAUCUACGAAGCAAGAGUUGGGAAAAACUAAGCGAAAAGACAACACAGAAAGUGAAUUCCACAGUAUAUCACAACAUGUAGCACCUCAGCUACCCCCACAACCUCCACCUUCAACUGUCUUAGAACAACCUGCACCUUUAACACCGGCUGCUCCACCACCACCUUUAGCACCACUUGCAAUACCACCACCCCCACCUGUGGCUACUUUGCCACCCAAAGAACCUGCAUCACUAGUCAAAUCAUCCAUUGUGCGAUGGGAUCCAGCAAAAGUUUCUUGGUUGAAAAAAGAGCUGUGAUAUGUUUUAAUCUAAACAUCACUGAAAGUGAGUGCCUGAGAGUGUCUUUCAGUGUUUGGUGGAAUAGAUACCUAUUUGUACCAUGAACUGAUGUUGUUGAUUAAAAUUUGAACACAUGUAUGAUGGUUCAUUG